AAGCAGUUUCCAGUGACUGUUUGGAUUCCAAGGCUGGCUUUAUUCUGCAACUGCUAUAACUUGCUACUCAAAAAAGGAGAGGGAAGUUGGAGCCAGCUAGUAGUGGCUAAUUACUCUGGAGAAUUAAAUACAAUUAUCCUGUUCUCAAUGUGAAACUGGAUUUUCGUUUCUUUUCACAAACCAAUAGCGUUUGGUUUUCUGGGUGUUUUUCCUCCUCUCCUUUUUCAUAUUUUUCUGCACACACAGUGGAAAUGUUGCAAACGGUCUGCAUGAGUCCCGAAUUACUGGUCAGUCAAAACAUCAGUGAAAAUGCCAUCUGUGGCUAUAGCCCAGGCCAGGGAUCUCCACUGCCGGGAGAAACUGCCAGCCCCAAAAGCUGUUUUCAACAGAGCCCAUCGUUGCCAGACUCUGGAUUAACUGAAUUUAAUGUGCCGAGUCCUGAGAUCUACUGCCCUCCUUCUGGUAAACCUCAGGAGAUGUCUGCUCCCACUGACUCUGGACUUGGCUCUGAACCCCCUCAGAAGCGCUACAUGGGUGUGAGGGUGAAGAUGCCAGUACGGGAACUACUGAGAAAGAUACGGCUUUCCAAAGGACUGGACCCAGCUCACAGCAAGGAAGCCUCAUUAACGAAGACAGCAACUAAAGGAUCCUCAGGAAAAACAGAGAAGAGAAGAGUUCACCCUUAUACAGAGAAACAGCUUAGACAGAGCAAGCAGAGCAUUGGGCAAACACCAAAAGGCUUAGAGGACCUUGAUAUCCUAGUGGAGGUACUGCAGGAAGAUUUGAACAAAAGCCAGUCAAAGGAGUCGUCUCUGGGUUCUGCGCCAGAUAGCUUUUGGCAGGGCUUCUCCACAGAUCUGCAAGCCACUCAGUGGGAAACUGGAGUAAGCAAGCAGGCAGCUGGUGGUCUGCGGGACAGAUGCCACAGCUUGACCAAAUUGCGCUCAUACUGCUCUUUUAAAGAUCACAACUCGCUGUUGCAAGGAGAGGUAGAGACUUCUUUUCAUGAUCAUAAAAACAUGCAAGAACCAGACUCACCAGGACUAUUCUCAAGGACAAGUGAUAAAGAGAGUGGCUGGUGGAUGCAGGAUGCACACGCCAAUUCCCAGAAAGAUCUCCUGAGACUUUCUGCAUGGACCACAUCUCCCUGCUAUAAUUCAUCAGGAGGCUGUCCAGAGGCGUUUCUGGAAGCUAACACAGCCUCUCCAGACUUUGAGAGACAUAUGAAGUUGACCUCGAUUUCUUUCACACAGCAGGAUCUCUCUGCCAUGUCUUUCUUCCAGUUCCAGUUACACAGGGAGGAAAGUUUACUGAGAAGUAUCCCAGCAGACAAACUGCUCGCACCUGAUGAAAAUGGCAACAGGCUGCUGCACAAGGCUGUUGCUCAGGGAAGAAGAGCUCUGACUUACGCGCUUGCACAGAGAUUUGCAUCCCUAAAUAAAAUUGAUGAGAAGGACGCAGAAAAACGGACUGCAUUGCAUCUUGCUGCAGAAAAGAACCAACACCUGAUGGUCAGUGACCUGAUUUCCCUGGGAGCUAAUGUCAAUGAACAGGACAGUUUUGGGAAAACUCCACUUCAUCUAUGUGCAGAGAAUGGAUAUUUGCGAGUUCUAGAAGUUUUGAAAAACUUCAAAGAAAAUGGCAUGUGUGUGGAAGUGAACCUAACUGACCAUUAUGGUUUCACACCGUUACACUGUGCUGCUCUUUCCCACACUGUCUUAGUUACGGAAUCUCAGAAAACUGGCAUCAAUACUGACAUGGGAAGGUUUCUCAAACUACGCAAAGAUCAAAUUCUUGAGGGAAUUAACUGUUUAUUACAAAUGGGAGGAAAACCUGAGCUGCAGGUACUAAAUUCAUGUCAGAUUACCACUCCCUGUUUAAAAAUUCAGGAGAAUACCGAGCUGCUGCAGUUGCUCCAGACUCAUAAACCCAGGAGACAGAACAUCCUUCAAGAGGGUUAUGGUUUGCUUGAUGCUCCGAGAAGAAUGCCUUACCCCUUACCGCCAGAUAACAUUUCUGAACUUUUUCCAGUUUCAUCUUCGGACCUCUUUGACAUAAUUCUUAAAGGGAAAUGCUGAUAAGGCUUAUUAUCUGCAUCUUGUGGUCCGUAUGCUGCAGCUGUUACUGAAGAACAGAUAGAGAACAGACAGUAAAAGUCUUUGAAUGUAUUACAGCUUGAACUGGCUGUUGAAAAUCUCUCUUCAGUAUCUAGAAAUAAGGAGUAAACAACUAAAGGGGGAAAACCCUCAAGCCAGGUUUCACCAGUAUUAGGUAUUCAGUGUUCGAUGGGCCAAAAAAUAAAUCUUAAUUUUCCUACAGAGCUGAGCACUUGCACUCCUCUUUUGAAGACUAUUUGAGUAGUAGUUCUACAUUCUGAGACUCUGACAAUUUUUUAAGCAGUUUCUAGUUUAAGGAAGAAAAUAAAACGCAACAAAACAAACCCUGAUUUUCAUCCUCCAGAGCCUAGUCUUCAGAGCACCAGCAUAAGAUUAUUCUCUACAGUCUGAGCUUCAUGUUCAGAUACGCUGAAAACCUCCAGCAACAUAUAAAUCUGAAUAUGUACUACAGGUACACAAAGUCUGAAUGGCUGAAUUCAGUACUUUCUGCAAUCUAGCUUUGAAUUUGUUCAAGGCUGGCAUUGUCACCCUUUAAGGCAAUCCCAUUCAAAAACGACCAAAAACCCCACAUCUCAUAACUAAGCCUGUCCCCCCCCCAAAAAAAGUCAAGCUCUUUAGUUAUGCAAUCAGAAUUUGCCAUCAGUAAUGGAUUGUAGGUGUAGUCCCGGACAAAAAGCUAAUGUUUUGAAUCAGUUCCUUCACUCUAGAUGAUCUAUCAUCUAUCAGAGGAUAGAUCAUCUAGAUAGAGAAUAGUUAAAAAGCUUACAUAUUUAACAACACUGCACAAUGUUGUUUUUUAUACCAAGGAAUUUUGAAGUUAGAAGGAUAACAAAUAGCUUAAAUAAUCAUCUAUUGCCAGAUAUGUAAGCAUUCGUUCUAGAAUUUCUAGAAAUUAGGUAAUUAUUGCCCCCCCAAAUUCAUUUCUCUUUCCAGACUUAGCGUCAUUUUAUUUUAACUUCUGAUUGUUAAUUAGCUGGUUUCUAUGAAACUUCCCCGUUUGCUACAUAUGGAGCAAUCUAGAUUUAUAUAAACCUACAAAAUGACUGAUCCAGCAAUCAGCUCACAUAUGUACCUCCUACUGAAGUACAUGGGAGGUUUUUCAUGUGUAACCAUUGCAGGAUUCAGUAUUAAGUACUCAGCAUGUUUGGGGGAUAUUUUUUAAAUGAUUCCUUUGCAUUUUUUUGUUGUAAAACAGUCUCUUUCCUCUCGUUGGAUAUUCUUAAGUGUUAAGCUCCAAGAGCUAUACUGUACAACAUGAUUCAAGUUUUACUGAAAACGACUGUGUUUCGAAGUUAACUUCAAUGGGCUUUCGGUCAUAUCCUGCGUUUCUUAUGCUCUGAAAAGCUAAAUUUUGUAUUGCAUUAGUCUACAUUCUUCUCUAGUCUGAAUGAGAAUUAAGUACUCCAAAACUCUUAAGUGUAUUUUAAAUAAUUUUGUACUGUUAUUUGCAUAACAAGUUGUAUAACAUUAUGUAAUAUUCAUCUCCCUCCUUCCAUAGGCAUUCUCUACGCUUUUAAUCAUAUGAAGUCUUUCCCUUCCUCUUUUGUCCCAGAUUUUACCUGGCAAUAGAAAUAUUUUCCUCAGAUGUUCUUCUGUCAUUCCCCCCCCCCCCCCACACACACACAAAAGUUCUUCCUUCACUUUGCAUUUUAAUUCUCAUCUGAGUUCACAGCCCUUCUUAUUCAUUUGGAGAGAAUUAAUGCAGAUCUUCUAGGUUACUCAGCUUCCAUUCAUGAGAUUUAAGGACCAGUCACAGUAUCCACUGAAAUUAAAGACUCCUUAUUUUCAGUGAAUAUUGGGCAAGAAAUUCUGCAUUACAUGCAAAACCAAGAGUGAAGCAGUAUGAUGACCAAAUUUAGAGCUGCAUCAAUAAACAUUUUCAAUGAAGAAGAAUGAAUUUGUCUAUAGGUAUCACAGAAAUAACUAUAGAAAACUAUUGUAUAAGAACACAAUAUUAAUCAAGUUUUUCACCACAUGGAUGCUGUUCAGGUGGACCCUUAAGCUAGUCUGUAUCAAUUGUUCAAUAUACUCAAAACUGAAUUUGCCUGUAAAACAUACAUUUUACAACAUUUAUAUAUUAAUUGCAUGGAGAUUAGUAGAUGUGCUUUACACUGUUUCACUGUUCCUUAUUAUCAAUAAAUUUUCAGUUUCAUGCA